CUAACCAACACUCAUCAACCGAUUUCUCUCUACCACCACUGAACUUGACCAGACCUAAAAGGUCGCGAAAGCGCCAUCUUCCUCUUCCCCUACAGAAUGACCUCCGAUCAGCAUCACGAGUCAGUGCAUUCCGUACACAACAGCCCGGCCGGUCAUCCUCCACCGGCAAUCGCACCGUUACCCUAUUCACGGAAAGACGAAAAUGAAGUUACGCCAGUGCCUCCACCAGGAUACCAAUCCCCAGCCGAGCAGGAGAAGCUUCGGAAGAUUGACGAAAUUCUACACUCGGACAUUGGGGUAUCAUCGCUUCUCACCAGAUUAAAGCAGAGCAUUGCGGCUUGUAGGGAUUUUGCUUUAUUUCUCAAGAGACGGGCAAGCUUGGAGGAAGAACACGCGCAAGGUCUCAGAAAGAUAUGCCGAAUGACCCAUGAGAGUAUCAGACGACCUGAAAACCGACAGGGAACCUAUGCGCGCUCGUUCGAAGAGACCACACAAAUCCAUGAACGUAUUGCUGAAAAUGGUAUCCAGUUUUCUCUUGCCCUCCACCAGAUGCAUGAGGACCUUACGGAGUUGUCAAACAAUAUGGAGAGGGGCAGAAAGCACUGGAAACAAAUUGGGUUGGCAGUUGAAAAGAAACUCCACGAAGCCGAACUGGUCGUUGACAAGGCCAAGAUCAAGUAUGACACCGCCGCAGAAGAGUGGGAUAGGGCUCGAUCUGGCGAUCGCCGUUCUGGAAAGACUCCGUUCAGUUUGAGGGGUAGCAGGAAUGGGCCGCGGCAUGAGGAGGAUCUCCAGCGUAAGGUUGCAGCUGCGGAUAGUGAAUAUCACAGCAAAGUCCAGCUUGCCAACUCGCAUAGGCAUGAUGCCAUACAUUCUCUUCGUCCACAAGCUGUACGAGCCUUGCGUGAGAUGAUUGCGGAAUGUGACGCUGGUUUGACUGUUCAGCUUCAGCGUUUCGCUCAAUUCAAUGAGAAGCUCCUCCUCCAUAACGGCCUUAGUGUGAGUCCUAUCAGAACAGACGAUGCAGAUUCAAGAGGCGCUCAAAGCAUGCGCGAUGUCAUCAACAUGAUCAACAACGACAAGGACUUUGAGAGUUUCGUUCUGGACCUAGCGAACAAAGUUCACCCUCCAGCCAAGAAUCAAGAAGUUAGAUAUGAGCGACAUCCAAGUUUAAACCACCACCACACACCCAGCCCGGUAGUGCCACACACCCCUUCGACCACAUCUAUGCAGCCCCAAAACUACCAGGCCAACCAACCUCAAGGUAUCCAUGGACACCAGCCAGAUCACCGUGACAUGAUGGCCCAAGGACAAGGCUUACAACAACAACCCCAAGGUUUCGGAGCCGUCGUUCAACAGGCGGCGAUCUUACCCACCCAACACCCGAUGCCCAAUAUGGAAUAUUCUCACUCCCAGUACAGCAUGGAUUACCCUCGUCUCAAGCCGGUUUUCGGAGUUCCCCUCGACGCGCUUCUCACCCGCGAUGAAUCUGUUGUCCCGAUUGUAGUAUUGCAAUGUGUUCAAGCCGUAGACCUUUAUGGACUGGAUGUUGAAGGAAUCUACAGAGUUUCCGGCGAAAGAAAGCAUAUUGAACGGAUAAAACAGAUUUUUGAUAAUGAUUUUUUCUACGACGUCAACGGUGUCGCCAGUAUCCUAAAGCAGUUUUUCCGUGACUUACCAGAGCCUCUCCUCACGAACGCCUUAUAUCAAGAUUUUAUCAAGGCAUCGCACAUCGAUGAUGAAACUAUUCGCCGAGACUCUUUGCACGAAUUGAUCAACAGGUUGCCGGACCCUAAUUACGCCACCUUGCGAAUUUUGAUCCUGCAUUUGCACAGGAUCCAGGCAAACUCUAAUAUCAACCGAAUGAAUACAAACAACCUUGCCAUCUGCUUUGGACCGACUCUGAUGGGUUCUAAUACUUCCCCUAAUAUCGCGGAUGCCACCUCGCAGGUUCGUGUCAUUGAUACUAUCUUACAACACUGCUUCUCAAUCUUUGACGAUGACUGAGGGCUGAGUCACUAGCUAGACUUGAUUGUUUAUGCUUCUAUACCUUCCUUCUUUGCCUCGACCCCCAUACCUAUAUUUCAGGGAUACCCAUCACCCAAACCCUGUACCACCUUACACCUACGAGUAUUUCCUAUGUUUAACCUUCUGUAGCCUUGCUCAAUUUGGUUCUUUUUUAAUUUCUCCCGUCAAGGAUUUCCCCGAGUUCCCUCAUACAGGUUGGUAACCUUUACACUUCUUGUGCAAGUCGGAAAGUCUUUGUACCGUAGUUUAUUAUACCUGAGCCUGCCAUGCCC